AUGAAAAAAUUCCUUCCCUCAUCAACUCUUCACUUGUUGAAAAACAAUUUCGGAGGCAAAAUCAUCCUCACACAACAAAAUUCUCUGAUUGUGAAUAAUAAUUUAUCAUCAGCAUCACUCACUGUUAGAAAUGCCUUCAUCAAUAAUGUGAUGAUGAAUAGGAGAGGAAAGACCAUUCUCUCCGAUACUCUGAGAACACAAACAAAGACUUCAAAGGGUACUGAUAAUAAUCAAUCAUCUGGAAAUGAAAAGGAGGAAAAACAAGGAUUUUCUGCUAGUGAUAGUAGUACUGGUACACAAUCAAAAUAUAAAAAGUAUGCCACUUGGACCUUAGUAGGUUUGGCUGGUUUGAUUGGAUGGAUGGAAUUAAAUUAUAGAUCAAGUCCUGAAUUUUCUGCUGGUGAUGCUAUUAGAAAGGCAAUUUACGGAAAUCCAUAUAGAAAUUAUUUAAAUACCAAGAAUGGUGUUGUUUUGGAAUUGAGUGUGGAUGGUAAUGCAUCUAUUGUUGAUGAAGAUGCUUCUCAAGUUAAGAAAUUAGUUUACAUUUCGGAGGAAGGAAAUAUUCACUUGAUUGUUCCUGAUAAUUUUGUUCAACCUGGAUUAUUGGUGAAUGAGUCGUCUGCAUUCAGAGAUUCAGGUAAAUUCAGAUUGACUGAUAUCAGUGGUAAUGAUUUAAUUUUGGAAUGGAACAGAAUCAAUACAGUUUUGAGAACUAAUUUACAAUCAACAAUGACACCAACCGAGGAAAUUCUCAAAGCCUGUGCUUACAAAUACAUUGAAUCUCUUCUUGAAAGAACUGACGGUAUCAAUAUUCAAAGAACAGAAUACAUCCACAUACCUAACCCAAGAAUUCCAGUAAAACCAUUGGAAAGUUUGGAUCCUCUUCCUGUUGAUCUUCCAUAUUCCAGAAUUGCCAAUAAGAAGGGAAUGGAUAUGGUAUGUGUGGUAAGCUCACACCCAGUCAGCCCUGAUUCUCAAGAAAAACUUUAUAGAGCCGAUUUGUGGUAUGUACACUAUCCAUUCGUCUACCACUUUUGUGUAAAUCAACCUGAACAAACUCGUAAGCUUGCUAAUUUCCUUCAAGAAAUCAAAGUUGAUCCAAACUCUGAAAAAGCAAGAGAAAUUGUCAAACAAGCUUCCACACAAUUGACAAACAAGGACGAAGUUCUUGAACAAAUUACCUCUAAAACAUUUGCUCCUGACAGAUUGACAUUAGACCCAGCAAAAAUUGGCCUAAACUUGAGGAAUGAUUUGUUAAGAGUUCAACACAAUAGUUUCUGUAAAUUCAUUUCCGUUUAA